GGCUGGACUGACCCGCAAGGGGCGGACCUUUAGGGGGUGGGGAAAGCGGGCUUCGCAGCCCAGCUGGAAACAGGGUUCAUUCCCAGCUGGCUCCCGACUGAGCCAGAAGGAGGCCGGGCGGCGUGGACGCUGCGCCGUGCCCGCACCUUGCGGCCAGAGCCUGUCUGCGCUCAGCUGCAGCCGCGCUGGGGGCUUUUUCCCAAGAGGGAGCCGGACGCGUCCUCUGCUGCUCAGGAGCCGGGACAAGCCUAGAGCCAGCCUUCCGGCCACAGCACUGGUCCCCGAGCCGCACAAGUACGGCGAGAGUGCCCUGGAACUGAGCUGAGCUCUUCUGGGAAGGGGAAAGUGCACCGGGACGCGGUUGGGCAAGAGGGAGUGUCGCCAAGCUCGCCGCCAGUGGUGCAUUGUCCGGGCCGCCCAGUGUCUGGGGCUGCGGAAUGCGUGAGGAGGACAAGAGCAUGCUGGGCGGUGGCGGCAGCGAUGCGGGCCUGGCUAGCGCCGCGGCGCGAGGGCAAGUGGAGAAGGUGCGGCAGCUCCUGGAAGUCGGCGCAGAUCCCAACGGAGUCAACCGCUUCGGGAGGCGCCCGAUCCAGGUCAUGAUGAUGGGCAGCACCCGCGUGGCCGAGCUGCUGCUGCUCCACGGCGCCGAGCCCAACUGCGCCGACCCCGCCACCCUCACCCAACCCGUGCACGACGCCGCCCGGGAGGGCUUCUUGGACACGCGGGUGGCGCUGCACCGGGCCGGGGCGCGGCUGGAUGUGCGCGAUGCGUGGGGCCGCCUGCCCGUGGAUCUGGCUGAGGAGCGGGGCCACCGCGACGUCGCCCGGUACCUGCACGCAGCCACAGGGGACUGACGGUAGGUUCAUCAACCUGCCAGGACGACUCUUUUUUUCUCCCCUGUUCCCUACCCCCAACUAGUUCAAUGAAGACUGCUUACCUGGAGCAGCUAAGAGCCUUUGCAAGUCUUGUGUGAUUCCACCGUCAGAGGAGGGGGAACCCAAGGAGAAUAAAUACAAACUCUUAGAAACUCUGGAUCAGCCUCACUCACCUUGAAGCCAGAAGCAGAGGUGGGGCAGAUGGGUUUCCAGCCAGUGUGCCAAGUUCCAGGUGUAGUUUACUUUUCACAGUUUUCUGAUGGAAAGUGCUUGUGAAGCCUUUGAACGGUGGUCCAGGGUGCUUAAGAAUCAUCACGUGGUGACGCUGGGGCCCGGAGUGGCAGACCGCAGUGGUAGGCUUUGGGGUGGGCGCAGUCAGUGCGCUCCCUGCGCUGACCACGGAGGAGCCCUCUGUAAACCCUGGCUGUGAGCGCUAGGCCCUGAGAUUAGCGGGGGAAACCUGAAGACUGUGGAGUAGACGAGGACGACGACAAGAGGACGACAACGAGGGUCUCGAGGCGGGCUUCCGCUGAUGUCCGACGCUUUUACGCCCUGUCCCGGUACACGGCAAGUCAUGUGCCAAAUGGUACUCCCUGGAAGCCUAGGGCACUGGAACCCAGCUCCCCCAGAUAGCGGAGUGGGAGGUGAGAACGUGGGAAUCAUGGCAAAACUGCCUGCGCCCAUAUCCAAAAAUCCCUGGAGAUCUCGAUGAUACAGAGAAGCUCUCGGAAAGUUGCUGGCUCUUGCUUUAAUUCCACAGAGACGAACCGCAGCAGCGUAGGCAGCUGGAAUGAGACAGUGCACAAAAUGAAGUGGCGCAUUGUAAUCAGAGCAACUGUUGCAGUUACCGAUUUGCUUCACCUACAUUCGCUAGGAUACAGAAACCCCCUCCCCAGGUUAUUGCCACUUGAAAAUGUUUUGUGAUACUUUGUACUUUUGAGUUCUUCAGUGAAGUCUUAUUUAAUGGGGAGAGUUUAAGUAACAAUAUUACUUUGUGACCUUCCCAGAAAGAGGAAAGGAAAAACUAGUCUUAAAUGAAGCUGCGCUCUGGCCAACUCAGUGUCACUUUCUAGAUGGCUUUAAGCCUUUACCUAUUUAUUUCUUCGUGAAUUUUUUCUGCUUGUCUUCUUUCUAAAGUGUCUCAGGGGAUCACACCGUAAAAUACUACAGAUAUCUUUUAGAAGAUACAUACACUUAUUCACUUAAUUGUCUUCAGACAUUUCUGAAAAGUCCACCAAGGAUAAAACUGCUAAAAAUAUAUGAUAGCUUGUAGGUUCUUAAUAUGUACUCAACGAACUAACAGUGCACUGCUUUGGGAUUUAAUUUCCAGUGGCCGAUUCAUUGUAGCAUUGAAACAAUUGCUGUUUCACUGCUUUAAUAAAGAAUAAACAGUAGAGACUGAAUGCCAAGAUGUAGGUAAUUUGUUUUAAAAAUGUAUGUUCAUAGACAGAUUUACCACUAAGUGCUGAGAAGAGUUAGAAGUUCAAAGUGGUUCACUUCUCUCACCCUUUGUAAUAAUUGUCAGUAAACAGUACCAACAGUUCAUAAAACAGUUUAUAUAAACCACUGAAAGUAAAACAUAGAUUUAUGUAUCUGUUAUGCUUCUACGUGUCCAAUGACUAGAUCUCUAUAUGUGCAUUUAAAAGAGAAGAGGGAACAGAACACAAGUGGAGAGUACAGGCUUAGAAGAAGUGACGACUUUGAGCUCAGUGCAAAGUCUUUACUUCUUUUCUUUACUUCUCUGUGAAUUCCUUACUCCCCAAACUAAUAUUAUUAGUGGGAAAGGUUACUUGAGAAUCAGAGCAUCCUAUUGGAGAAAGAUAUGUGUUUAUUGACACAUUUGUACAGGCAUGUUUUAAAAUUCUUAGUGCCCUGAUUUGAUUAUUAUCCAUUGUGUGUAUGUUUUGAAAAAAAAAAAACUAUACUCC